CUAUUUUAUUUCAGACAUCUCCUGUUACGAUGCAUCCAGCUUUUCUGUUGAUUUCUGUUCUCCCGGUGGUGUUCGGCAGGGCGUCUACUCCUACCCCUUGCUGUAUAGGUGAUCAGUUCUCUACCAGUAUUGAUGAAACAGGAGGACAGGUCGCGCCUGGUACCACGGGAAGUAAAUUUAUUGAUCAACAGAUUUUUCUCCAAUUUGACUACACCAACAAAAGAACAUACGUGGAGGGAACCGUCACCUUACCGACUGGGACGUAUCCCUAUAAAGUAGUCAACGAUUAUAAAGCGAACGUAACCUACUCCUUCACAAAUGGAGUUUGCUACACUGUAGGGGCUCCCUCCUUUCCUCUUCAGGACCCAUGUCAAUUGAGCCAUGCAACAUACGUGGGGACUUCAUUAAUGGGUUCUCCUGGUCACCACAUCGCAGUCAACACUUUCCAGCUGGACUUGGGAGGUAUCAGUGUCAAGGCUGUCCUAUCGGCGGACGGUUCCUGUAUCCCUAUCAUGGAAUCUUUGGUUGGAGUCAUAGGGGGAGCACCUGAGCAACUGACCAUAUUUUUCUCCAACUUCACCAAAGGGCUAACGAAACCCGAGGUCUUCACCUUUGAUCAAUCGACAUGUGGGCCUGCACCAACCACUGCAGCCCCGGGGUCAUAAUUAAAAAUAUAAACU